UAAAUAAGGUAUUUCUACAAUGACAUUGAAUAAUUGAAAACUUUUGCUUGAGUGUAAAUGAGGAUGCAUGAACACCAUUUGCAGGGCUGGUAAACAUAACAUCUUGCCAAAUUUGCUGUAUGUGUUGUUAGUGCAUCUCAUUUCAUGGAACUUGAGUAGAAUCACAUUGAAUCACAACAAAAAAAAAUUGUCCACAACAGCUCUCAAAGCUUAACGCAAAGUCCCGACAAACCUAAAAACAUAAAAGUGCAUAUAACUUAAUUGGGCUCAUUGUGGUAGACCAUGCCUUGCCUAUUACUGACAACUCCAUUUUAAAAGCGUGCUCUAUUUAAAAACUUUAAAGAACCAGGACUGCCUUUCUUCCUCAGGCUAGAACACUUUUAGGGUGUAGUCCGGUCUGAGACAGAGAUGAGCCAAAUUUAAUCUCCGCUGCCCCGUCGGAUGGGUUCAGGAGAGAGAGAGCACAGUAUAUGAUUAGCCUCCCAGAUUAGAGAAGCUUUAGACAUCUGAGGAAUAAUUUGGUUCUUGGGGAAGACCAGAAGUACCCUAAAGCCACCCCCUCCUCUGGGCCCUGCCCCCAUGGGCGUUCAACCUGGCUAGACUCUAAGGGGAUGGAUUUAUUGGACAUCUUGUUGUUUCUUUGGGGGAGAGGGAUUGGGAUCCCAUCCGUUUGGAAAAUCUUGGUUGUGAGACGGUAGUGUUUUACUUUUUUGACAUGGAUCUGCAGAAUCCAUGUAAACCCGUGGACGGGGCGACCUGUAUGCAUCCUAUGAUGUGGAAGGUGUGUCAUCACCCAGACUGUCAGGAACUGAAUGGUAAAAACCCUUUGCACCUGUGUGAGUCAUGUGAUUCUCGCUGUCACCUGGAUGACACUGACAGCAUGCACUUUGACAGGCACCCCCACUUUGACUUACAGCCACAAGGUUCCAUCCUGGCACGAAAUGUGUCCACGCGGUCCUGUCCCACCCGCACCAGCCCCCCAUCAGACCUGGAGGAAGAUGAAGAAGGAACCAAUGAGCAUGGGGAGCGCAAGACAGGAGGACUGAAGAUGAAAGGAAAGGACGGAAAGAAGCCCAGACGACGACACACUGAUGACCCCAGGAAGGAAUGCUUCACGCUUAAGUUUGACCUGAACAUUGAUAUUGACACUGAGAUUGUCCCGGCAGUAAAAAAGAAGACUCUACGAGAGGUCCUCGGACCAAUUUUUGAACGUAAGGGGAUCGAACCAUCCCGAGUUGAUCUGUUCCUGGACCAGUCAAACACUCCGCUCUCGCUCCAUUUUGAGGCUUAUCGUUUUGGAGGACAUUAUCUCAAAGUAAAAGCCCGCCCUGGCGAUGAGCUGAAAGUAGAGCAAAGCGUGAAGGAUUUACGCUCUCUCAGUCUACCCAACAUGAAGCCGUCAGUAGGGGGCAGUCUUUACAUCCUCACACCAGCCAGUGAGAAGGGAGAACAUGGGUCCCUGCCGCGGCGAGAGACCGUGGACAUACUGGGUCAAGCCCGUCGGCGGAAAAACAUGACCGAGUUUCUGGGUGAUGCAAGCAUACCGUCACCAGGAACGUUAUCCAUGCUGGGCGGGUCGCUGCCGAGUGUUGCUCCUGGAGUGCCACUGUCCGGGGUAGGUGCUGGACCAGACAACUGGAAAAACCGCGCCACCAGUCGGAUCAGUGUGUUCUUUGGUGCCGGAUCUGGAAAGGAGGUGGACCGCAUGGAGCUGCUUCAUACUAAGUUGCAGGCGUACACAAAGUUUGGUCUACCCAAGAGUCUCAGCUACUCUCAGCUAGCCUUCCACAAGGACUCCUGGGAGGAGGAAGAGAAGCCAGACCUGACGCUGGAGGACAGCUGGAGACAACUGCUGGAGAACCCUGAGAGUUUAGGUCAACGUCAGUUUCAACAGCAAGAGGCAAUAUGGGAACUGAUCCAAACCGAGGCUACGUACAUCAAGAAACUCAGGGUCAUUACUGAUCGAUUCCAAUGCGUCCUGCUGAGUUUACAGGACAACAAUUUGCUGUGCGAGGUGGAGCCCGCACGCCUCUUUAGCAACAUCUACGAUAUUGUACUUCUGCACAGUGCGCUGUGGGUCCAGGUUAUGUUUCCGGCGCUGGAGAAGGCGCGGCGCACACAGAGCCUGAUUGACCCUACGGACCUCGAGCAGGGAUUCUGUGAGUUUUCAUCCAGAUUCCAGCCAUAUAUCCGGUACUGUAUGGAGGAGGAGAGCUGUAUGGAAUACAAUAGUACGCUUUUGAGAGAGAACGAGCUCUUUAAAAUCUUCAUCACGUGGGCUGAAACAGAUAAGCAGUGCAAUCGUCUUAAGCUGGCGGACAUGCUUGCCAAACCUCACCAGAGACUGACCAAAUAUCCUCUGCUCCUGAAAACCAUUCUGAAGAAAACCGAGGGGGAAACUAUCAAAGAUGCCCUCAACCGUAUGGUGUCGUGUGUGGAGGGCUUCAUUAACGGUGUGGACUCACAGAUGCGACAGCGACAGGAGCAACAGAAACUGGCGGCCACUUCGGCCCGGGUAGAGGCUUACGAAGCAGUGGAGGGAGCCAGUGAGGAGGUGGAGAGGGCUCUGAAAGAGUUUAAUCGCUUUGACCUGAUGGCGCCCAUGAUCGGCACGUCACCAGAAGAAACCAGACAACUGCACCUGGAGGGGGCGCUCCGCAUGAAAGAUGGAAAAGACAGCAGGAUGGACGUUAACUGUUUCCUGUUUACGGAUUUGCUGUUGGUCACAAAACCAUCAAAGCGCUUAGACAAGGUGAAAGUGAUCCGGCAGCCCCUUCUUCUGCAUCAGGUCGUGUGUAAAGAGCUGAAAGACACAGGCUCAUUUGUGCUCAUCUACCUCAAUGAGUUCAAGAGCGCUGUGGCUGCCUACUCAUUUCAGGCAAACAGCGCCACCCAGGGGCGAAGCUGGAUUGACACGAUCUGCAGAGUCCAGAAACAACUGCACCGUUUGCGCUCCGAGGAAGGGAAGCGUCAGAAAGCAUGUCUCAAGAAGAGGCUUCUUGAAGAUCAGGAGGAUGAAGAGAGCUGUAACUCGGCAGCCAGCUCGCCACACCUCCGACACAAAGAUGCCAACAACAGCCCAUCAGAUGGGUCCACGGAAACCCUGUCGGUGAUGGACAUGGAUGAAUCUGGAUCUUCUAUUGAACCCUCCACGCAACAGUCUGACCCAGGUGGGCAUCCAGAAUCUGAUGCUAGUAUCUCCUCCCUCCCCGGGCAACAACACCCACAGGGAGCUGCUGACUUUGAGCCCCAUUCAGACCUGGACCCACAACGCCGUUCAAUGUCCAUGGACAGCGCCUAUGGCACCCUGUCACCAGAAUCAACGGUGGAAAUGCAGAGCCGAUUGACCGCAACUGCGGAAGAAGACUCGGAGGAAGACAAGUUGGAGAAGAAAGCAGAAGAUGAGGAGCAGGAGAAUGUGGAUGAGGAAGAUGAAGAGGAUGAUAAAAGCUUGUUCGGUUCUCAGAACUCAGUGGCACAUUCUUUUAAACCCAGACGCAGGCCACCCGUACAGUGUCGCUUGCCGUUUCUGGAGAGACUCGCUGUCAAAUCCAUCUCGGAGGACAACCUUCUGUCCACGGUUCACCAUGUUAACAUUAACCAUGGUGUUACCAGGGCAGCUACAGAGCGCACAGGAAGUCGGCACACAUGGGAGCAGGGGGUUAAAUGUUUUGAGGGCUUGUCAAUGAGCAGGAGUCUGACAGAGCUCAAUGCCGCUGGAUCGGAUGAAUCUUUACCGACGGAUGGGGAGAGUGAUGAAAACGACAAACUCACGUGCAGUUUACCCACAGCCAUGCUUUUGGACACAUUUAGAAAAGCCAAAAGGGCACAAGAGGAUGGUGGUAUUCACCACAGUGCAUCGGAUGGGGAGCUGUCGCCCCCUAGUGGCUUGGAAGUAAUGGGACAAGGAGGAGGACCCCAGCAACACAAAAAACUGACACUGACCCAGCUGUACAGGAUACGAACCACACUGGUGCUCAAUUCAACACUGACGGCCUCAGAAGUGUAGCAUCUUUCUGGCUCGACCCAAGUUCCAGGGAAACCUUGUGGGACUAAAUCCUGCAGGACACAAAUGCACUCUAACUAAUGAGCUCUAUGACUGCCCUCUUCAUCCCAUCGUCCGGUUGGAUGGAUUCCUCAGUGUGAUGCUUUCCCUGAAAAAUCUCUGUGUAGCUUUACUGUCCUUUCAUCGACAGGAGGGCGGAUCACAGACUCAUUAACUCCUUGCACUUUGUAUUACACAACUAACUUAAAAAAAGGUCAAAGCUUUCAGUGGAACUCUUGGGAACAAAUGAAAAAAGGUGGCGUGUAGCCCGAUCCUUUACAGUGGGACAUUUGAGGUAAAGAUGGGUGAUGUUGGCGGAUGUGAAUCCGAAAUGCCACAUGUUGAAUUCCUGAAAAAUUCUGCACUACUGUGUUUGUGUAUGUGUGUUUAUGAGUGGGAAAGAGUGUGUGUAUCAGGUGUGUGUGUGUGUAGCCACAUGUGCAUACAUGUAUGACUGAGCGAAUGAUCGAUAUUGACCUAACCCGAACCAAAAUAAUCACUGUCAUUACUUUCAGAUAUCUUGAGUAGCAACUAAAGCAUGUUACAAAUAUACUUUUGGACCAGUGUUAUGUUCAGAUCGCUUUUUUGCUUAGACCAUCACAAUCCUUGGUUUUGCAAAGUUUUAUAUUUAGUUUAUAGAUGAAUUGACUCCCUUUACUGUUUGUGUUGUGUGGGUCAAAUGUAAAUAACUGUUUAGUCAUAAGAAACUGUUUGGAUCAGUUUACGAAUUCUGAUAUCUCCAAUAUCAGCAGCGGUUGUAUGUAUAAAGAAUGCAAAUCUGUUAUUAUCAUCAGCCCCUCUCCCGUGGAAGCCGUGGCAGUGCUGAUCCUCAGCUCAGUAUUUUGUGUUAUACACUUAUAUUUCAGCACUUACAAGAACUCACACACUGAUUAUUGCAAGUUGUUUGAAAGUGGAAGCUUCGGUUUUUUUUUUUAAUUAACAUAUGAUCUUUUUUCUGUAAGCAUUUGAUCUCACCGAUGCUGCUAUUCUCCCAAAAGCUGAAAUUGUCUGGUGCUUCACUAAACCAAGUCCUUUCCUCUGAGAGCGAAAAAUCGGCCCAAAGUAACUAUGGUGUAUUAUAUGUUUACUUAAUAGUCUUCUUGUGUUUGUUUUAUUUAUUGAGCUGCAUUGUUUUAUAUAUAAAUAUGGUCUUUAAUAGUAAAAUUUCAGUUCACAGUA